AAAUCUUGCUAGUCUUCUACUCUACUCUCUCUUCCUCUCAGUUGCCGAUUCUAGGUGGGUCAGAUUCGAUACUCUUCUUUGUUCUUUUUUGUUUUUGCUGCGUUUCACUUUCUACCCAACAAAAACUACAUAAUCUGCAAGUUUUAUGGAUGUAUCAUCAGUAUCCUCUUACUACUAUUAUCUCUCAUCCCCUUUUCUUCCUCUUUCUGAUGCAAUGAUUCCCAACACAAUGCUUCCUUUACUUUGCAAACCCAAUAAAUCACUUACCCAUGUCAAGGUAGAUUUGGUAGUUUCACCUAAAUACCUAAUCGAAGUAUUUCCUCAUCAUUGCAUCUGCAGAGCUCACAGAAUUUACCUAGUUUAAGUUGUGAUAGCAGCACUAGUACCAACGAUGUGCUUUCUUUCACAAUUGAUGAUAUAAUCACUUCCUGUGGGUUAUCCGACCGAUUUCGUGUUCUAUGUAAGUCCUCGGAGAAGCCAAAUGCAGUCUUAAAGCUUCUGAGUGACUAUGGGUUUUCACGAACCCAAGUCGAAACCAUGGUUUCCAAAUACCCCAGAAUUCUCUCCUGCAGUGUUGAGAAAACCCUCAAGCCCAAGAUUGAUUUCCUUCGUUCGGUUGGCUUGUCCAAAACUGAAUUCCUUGGUGUGGUCACCACCUGCCCUAUGUUAUUUACACGAAGCUUAAAGAAUCACCUUGUCCCAAUAGUUGAGUUUCUCAUAACUUCGUUUGGUUCUCGAGAUAAUGCAGUUUUGGUAAUUAAAAGGUACCCAUUUAUUCUGUUCAACACCUCGAAAAGAUUGGUGCCUAAUCUGUCAACAUUGCGGAAUCUUGGCAUCCCCCAAUCCCAGAUUUCAAAUAUGAUGGCUGUGAUAGGUGGCCGUGUAAUAACAUGUACAAAACCAUGCAGGUUUAUUAAGGUUGUGUCCACUGCAAUGGAAAUGGGUUUCGACCCUUUGUCAUUGGCAUUUAAAAAUGUUGUUAGUGCAAUGUUGUUCUGCCCUGGAUCGACUUGGGAGGACAAACUUAUGUUUUACAAAACCUUGGGGUUUUCCGAUGAGGAGACCCUUGAUAUCUUUAGGUUCAACCCCUCUUUCAUAUCCAGGUCAGAGGAGGUGAUAAGAGGCCCGGUGGAGUUCUACGUCAGUAAGUUUCAUUGGAGCCCAUCGCAGUUGUCAAGGAGGCCUGUAGUACUUACUUAUAGUUUGGAGAAGAGGAUCAUCCCAAGGUGUUUGGUUGUGCAAGUUUUGUUGUCAAGAAACAAGAUUCAAGAAAAUGUGAAGUUGUCAGCAGUUUUGAUCUGUAGAGAGAACGAAUUCUUGCGGAGGUAUGUGAUUAAGUACAAGGAUGAGAUUCCUGAAGUGUUGGACGCGUACCAUGGUAAGAUGAAAUCUGCUGAAUGUGACUUUUAUUGGGAGGAACUGAGCAGGCUACCGUUUAAAAUUAUACUGUAGCUCAGAACAUAAGGGGAGCAGUUGAGCUCUAUGUAAAGGAAGUUUCAAUGGUGCCAAUUGGAGUAGUCAAAAGAGGAGCUUUGGGAUGUCGGGUUAGGUUUUGCAAGUUUUACUGUGCAGAAACAGGAUUUAAGAUUCUGACUGUAACCACAAUUCCGAAAAC